AUGGUUGAAAUUGUUGGAUUAAUAUCAGGUGGAAAAGAUUCAAUUUAUAAUUUAAUUGAAUGUGUUAGAAAUGGACAUAAGAUUGUAGCAUUAGCAAAUUUAAAACCACCAAAAACCAAUUCUUCUGAAGAAUUGGAUAGUUUUAUGUAUCAAACAGUUGGUAAUAAUUUAAUUGAAAUCAUUGCCAAGGAAUGUUUAGAAUUACCAUUAUACCAAAUUGAAAUCAACGGUACUGCAAUUAGCAGAGAAACCGAUACUUAUAAUGAAGAGUUAGAAGUGAAUUCAAAAGAUGAAGUUGAAGAUUUACACACCCUUUUAAAACUAGUUAAAGAGAGUCACCCAAAUAUCAAAGGUGUGUCAUGCGGCGCCAUUCUGUCAACCUAUCAAAGAAUCAGGGUUGAGAAUUGCUGUUCACGACUAAACCUCACAAGUUAUUCAUACCUUUGGAAUAGGAAUCAAGAUGAGUUACUAAGAGAAAUGAUUGAUUGUAAAAUUGAGGCUAUUAUAAUCAAAGUUGCAUCAAUGGGAUUAGUAGCUGAGAAGCAUUUACUAAAAUCGAUAACUCAACUUUACCCAACACUGUAUUCAUUAAACCAAAAAUUUGGCGUCCACAUUUGUGGUGAAGGUGGUGAAUAUGAAUCGAUCGUAAUCGAUUGUCCUCUAUACAAAAAGCGUAUAAACAUCGACCAAUACCAAACAAUCAUUCAUUCUGAUGAUGCUUUCUCUCAAGUUGCCUAUGCAUCAAUCUCAAAAUAUUCAACAACUGAAAAAUCAACUCAACAAAUAAUUCAAGAUUCAAUUUAUUUAAAUUCAAAUUAUUUAAAUAGAAAUUUAAAUAAUUUAAAAAAUUUUAAUGAAAAUCUUUUAAUUCCAACUUUAAUUUCAAAUUCAACAAAUGAUCAAACAAAUUCAACAAAUUCAACAAAUUUUAAUUUUUUAGAAUCAAAUUUAAAUAUUGAAUAUUCUUUAAAUUUAAUAAAGAAUAAAAACUUUUUUAAUUUAUCUUCAACUACAACAAAGAUUAAUGAUAAUGAUAUUGAUAAUGAUAAAGAUGAUUACAAUAUUGGUGAAUUAUUAGAUAAAGCUUUAUUAAAUAUUUCAAAUAUAUUAAAAGAGAAUUCAUUAUCAAUUGAUCAAUUAUUAUAUGUUAAUCUUUAUAUUUCAGAUAUGAAAGAUUUUUCAAUUGUUAAUCAAUACUAUUAUAAAUAUUUUAAAAAUAAUCCAGCAUCAAGAGCAUGUAUUGAAAUUCCAUUAUCAAAAAAUGAUAAAACUAAAUUUUUAAUUGAUUGUAUUGGUGCAAUUGAAAAAAAAUCAAAUCUUCAUGUUCAAUCCAUUAGUAAUUGGGCACCAGCUUGUAUUGGUCCUUAUUCACAAGCAAAUCUAUAUAAAGGCUUCACAUUUUUAGCUGGUCAAAUCUCAAUGAUACCAAAUAAUUUGGAUUUAAUUAAAUAUUCUAAAGAUUUAACUUUUAUCAUUAAUACAAAUAAUAAUAAUAAUAAUGAUAUAAAUAAUCAAUUAGAGAUUGAAAUCCAACAAAUUUUAUUAAACACAUAUAAUUUAUUAGAUUGUUUAAAUAUUAGUUUUAGUAAUGUAAUUCAGUCAACAAUUUUCAUUUCAAAUGAAAUCGAUUCAACAAUGUUUGAAAAUAUAAUUAAUUAUUUAAAACAAUUCUUUAUUGAUAAUAAUAAUGAUAGUGGCAGUGAUGGUAGUAUUAGUUUAAUUCAAAUAUUUAAAAUUCCAAAAUUACCAAAAAAUUCAAAUAUUGAAAUUUUAUUCACACUUUUUAAAGAACCUGAAAUUAUUCAAAAUGACUUAACUUAUGAUAAUAUUGAUCAAUAUGAAGAAAAUAAAAAUAAUAAUAAAAAUAAUAAUAAUACAAAUCCGAUGAAAUUAGAAAUUAAUGAUAAUAGAGGAAUUACAUUAAAAAUUUCAAAUUCAAAUUCAUUUAUUCAUUCACAAUUUAAUAAUUUAAAAAGUGAUAUUAAAUUUGAAGAUUACAUUAAUCAAUUAUUUUUGGAAAUUCAAUCAAUAUUAAAUCAAACUAGAAAAUCAAUAAUUUAUAUUAAAUUUUAUUAUUUAAUUUCAUUUGAUAUAAAUAAACUCAUAGAAUUAUUAUCAUCAUCAUCAUCAUCAUCAUCGUCAUCAUUAAAAUCAAUUGAUCAAGAAAUUGGACAACAAUACUUAAAAUUAUCAAGUUUCAUUCCAAUCCUUGAUUCAAUUGAUCACAAUCAAUUAUCUUGUGAAAUCUUUAUAAAUUAA